UAAGUCGACAAAACAUUAUGUCGUUAUUUUCAUAUUAAUAUAGAUUUGAAAUAAAUAUAUAACAUUAAUUAUUGUUGUUCUCUUCAAGAUAUUUGAAGGUUAGCUAACUGUGUAAAGUGACGCUAAAACAAUUUGGGCUGCGCGAGACAAAUCUAAACAAACUACUGACAGAAAUUCCGUCCUUAAUAAUUCGCACACUGAAUAAACCUGACUACGUUUUGGCAAGCCACUCUGCAUCCUCAAAUUAGCCUUGCCAGAAACCCUUUACCUAGAUUUCCUGCCUAUCUGCACACUGUGUCCAAGCUCAGUCAGGCUCUGAAACACCGUCGCCUUUCUUGUGUAAAGUGUUUCUCACGCUUCUGGGGCCCUCGGGUGCAGAACGCGAGUGCUGAAGCUGGGCAGAGUCAAUUAUCAGGGGAAUGAAGUUUGAGACCUCCAUUCGGUGGCUCGGGGCGUGUUUUCUUUUUUUUUUUUUUCGGUGGGUGUUCCCAAAGCAGGACGUGGGCGUGAAUGCGAGACUGAGGCUCCAGCGGUUCGUGGGAAAGACGCUCAGAGUGUUUGGUGAUUGUACCUGUGCGCACGGCAUCAUGAAGCGGCCUUGUGAGGACAGCACGUCCGACAGCGACAUGGAUGAAACUAUUGAUGUGGGCAGCGAGAAUAACUACUCGGGUCAAAGCAACGGUUCAUUUAUAAGAUGUGGCUCACCUACCACAACAUCCCAAGUCAUGGCCAGGAAGAAGCGGAGAGGGAUAAUUGAGAAAAGACGGAGGGACCGAAUAAAUAAUAGUUUAUCAGAGUUACGUCGUCUGGUGCCAACAGCAUUUGAGAAACAGGGAUCUGCCAAGUUAGAGAAAGCGGAAAUAUUGCAGAUGACAGUGGAUCACUUGAAGAUGCUUCAGGCCACAGGAGGAAAAGGAUAUUUUGAUGCUCAUUCUCUGGCCAUGGACUUCAUGAGCAUCGGCUUUCGUGAGUGUCUAACUGAAGUGGCGAGGUAUUUGAGCUCUGUGGAAGGUCUGGACUCCAGUGACCCCCUCCGCGUCCGCUUGGUUUCUCACCUCAGCAGCUGCGCCUCGCAGAGGGAAGCGGCCGCCAUGACCACAUCCAUAGCCCAUCACCAGCAGGCCCUCCACCCGCAUCACUGGGCCGCCGCUUUGCAUCCCAUCCCCACUGCAUUUCUGCAGCAGAGCGGACUUCCUUCCUCAGAAAGUUCCUCUAGCAGGCUGUCUGAGGUUCCUCAGAGGGGUGCAGCCCUGCUGACCUCCUCCUUCACCCACAGUGACUCCGCACUCAGAGCGCCCUCUACAGGCAGUGUCGCUCCUUGUGUACCGCCGCUAUCCACCUCACUGCUUUCAAUAUCGGCAACCGUUCACGCAGCGGCCGCCGCAGCUGCGGCGCAAACCUUCCCUCUAUCUUUUCCUGGAGGAUUCCCGCUCUUCAGCCCCAGUGUAACAGCAUCUUCAGUGGCUUCUUCCACCGUGAGCUCUUCCGUUUCCACAUCCACCACAUCCCAACAGAGCAGCGGGAACAGCGGAAGCAGCAGUAAACCCUAUCGACCAUGGGGGACUGAAGUGGGAGCGUUUUAAGUGUUGGAUUUGCUCUUGUUGCAUCUGGACGUCUUCCACACUUUGUACAUAAAGGAAAGAAAAUAGCUAUUGUGCCUGCUUUGGUCAGCACCAUGGGCUUUUUUUCUCUACACUUCUCGUGCACAUAUGCAACAUCAAAUAAGCCAACUUUCUGGGAGGGAAAGAAAGACUUUUGCACAUCACAAUGCGUGGACACCCAUAAGGAUGAAGAGUGAUUGUCAUUUUUAAAGAAAAUUACUUUUUUUUAACUUUGUGGGCUGCGCUGUGGGACAGUGCCUGCAUAAACACUGCUAAAAUGCUGCAUUUGAUAUCUGUGCUUUGAUAUUUCACAAUAGAAAAGCAUAUUGUCUGAUUUUCACAAACACACACACAGUAGCUUUAGAGUUUAAAAAAACAGCUUGUUCAAAAACAAACCAAAGGUUUUGCAGAUAAUCACUAAAGUGAGGUGUGAAUCAGUUUUGUAAUCUAUGAUUUAACAAUCCAGUUUGUAAAUCUGUAUAUGUGUAAGAUUGUAACUAGAGUUUAUAUUGAAAUUAGACAUAUGAGUUAAUUGGUAUGAUGCACUUCAAUCACUACUGUUUUUUGGGGGGGGCGGGGCGGGAUCUUCUCCACUUUACAAAAUAGGCCUACUGAAAGUUUUUUAAAAUAACAUUCACUAAUGCUCAUAUGUGAGAUUUUCUACUACUGUAACUUUGUUACCUUUUUAAUAACCCUACCACGCUCUGUAAGAUGUAACCUUUUUCUAUGCAAAAAAGAAAAAAAACAGAUGUCCAUGAAGAAACUGAGUGUUUUUUUUUUUUGUUCCGACACAUAUGCCUUAAAACCAUCAUUCCAUUUGCCUUCACCACAACAGAUCGUGGAAUGUUAUGAGAGAAAGUAAUUGUUUUCCCAUAGCAUAAUUUGAGUUCUUGAAAUUGUAUGGUGGAAAAAAAUAUUUGCGUUCUUUUAUGUGUUUUUCUAAUAAUGCAAAAGAAGCCAAUGUAGUCAAACAAACAACUGCAAUUACAAGUGCCACUUCAACAGUUAUAAAUCUGUCGACAAACUUUAAAGUAAGCUACAAACACAUUUAUUGAAUAAAACGCAUACAUCAAUAGUCAAAGUUGUUAAAUAGUCACCAGCAAUUUUAAAUAUGUUCCCUUUUGUUUAUGAAAUGUCUCAAUGCCAUGUAUGUUGACACUGCAACAAUAUCUUAAAAACAUUUAAGCAGU